GCUGCCGCGGACCCAUCGGGCCACACCAUGAACAGGCCAAUUCUGCUGUUGGUGGCGACGUCUGGUGCAAUUCCAGGAAUUGUCCGCGGCAAGAGAGAUCUCCGGCAUCGAUUAGGGCGGCUUUCGCGCUGCAGUUCCCGUAUAAAGCGGUCGUACAUAUGCCGUGGCGUCUCAAUCGAAUGCUGCACGCUGAAGCGAUCAAUCCGGCCGGGAAAAAAAAAACCACACGUAGUCCCAGGCUCGAUCAAACUUAGCGGAUCGUUAAGUUGCCGCAGCGAUAAACAGCGUAGCGGUAUUGCGAAGUGGUUCAGUCCGGCACAGUGUCUCGGCCUUGCCCCCUCGUCGUUGGUCGCAUCCGUUCGUGCCACGACAUUUUGCGCGUGCGAGACAAGGAUGGACGUCGUCGUCGUCGUCGUCGUCUAUUUCUACGGAGAGAAGUGA